UACAACUUGAGCGCUUGUAGCGUUCGGAUAUAUGGUUCAUAUUUUAUAUUAAACGAUAAUUACCACACGAGAAAAAAAUGAAACGAGCUUACAGCGACGACGGUUCGGAUUUCGGCGAUGACGAUCCAUACAAAGACGGCUCACCGGAUCAAAGCUGUGAUGGGUCGGCGAGGAAGAAACGACGAGGGAUUGUCGAAAAACGUCGUCGAGAUCGUAUCAAUCAGAGCCUAAUAGAGCUGAAGCGUCUUGUGCCUGCCGCCUAUGAGAAACAAGGAUCUGCUAAGCUGGAGAAGGCAGAAAUACUGCAAAUGACCGUUGACCACCUGAAGAUACUAAAUCAAAAAGCAAAACUCUCGUGGGAAACAGGUAUGAACGGUUACAAUGUGGAUCAAGCGUCUAUGGCAGUCGAUUACAGAACAAUAGGAUUUCGGGAAUGCGCAUCGGAAACUGCUCGUUACCUCGUGGCCGUCGAAGGAAUGGACAUCCAGAACCCGUUGAGAAUUCGCCUUUUGUCUCAUUUGGAAUCUUUUUGCGCUCAACGAGAAGCGGCCGCCAGAGCCAGUUUGCAGCAGAAUCAGUGGGCGGCACCUAUAGCCUACGCCCAACCUACCUGCCAAUACACGCCGCCUCUUUCUAGUCAAGUUACUAUCGAUAAUUGCCUACCAGCUCAUUGUGCCCCGCCUACUUUAAUCUCUCAGACUAAUUUGCAAAAUAGCAGUAGUCAACCAUCUCUGCAUACCUCAUCUACCGCCUCUCUUACUAUGAUCUCCUCGAAACCUUAUCGACCUUGGGGAGCGGAGUUGGCCUAUUAAUUGACUUUAUCUAUUUAUUUAUUUAUUCAGUUGAUCGCGUCUGAUUAAACUUUUAUAUAAAUCUGUUUAAAUUAUCUUCAAAACGUUUCUUCUAUUUGAACUCUCUUUAAGAAGAUGGCACAAAGACAACUAUGCAACAAAAAAAAUAUGUUUCUGUUCUAGCCAAUCCAUCAAAAUGUCUCCAAGAGUCUCACGUGAUCAGUACACUUUAUAUAUAUAUAUAUAUAUUUAUAUAUUUAUCUAUUUUU